CGAGCGCUAUUUUUGUAGAGAGUGUUUCCCCGCUUGGAAGGAAGUGAUGACAGGAAGAUGUCAUUCACAGCAGCAUUUACUGCUUUGGGGUACCACCACAGUAAGCAAGUCUAGUGCUCUUCCACCUACAAGUAACCGCUUCUCACCCUCAAGCACGAUGUCUGUCCUUCCUCGAACGAUACAGAGAGGUUUUUUUCCUGUCACAGUGACUCCAUAUCAGAACAAUGGCACGCUACGUCCCCCACUGGCUGCAAGGAAGCAUCAUUACCAUCGCAAAAGGCGGCAACACCACCUCGUGGAAGCCUGUCGAAUGCAUGGCAGAAUUGCCCAUCGAGGCCUACCAGCACGAUAGAAUAGGCGACGGUAGAAUGCCAUACGUCCAGCUGGAUCUUCUUUGCCACCGGGUCAGCGACACCAGCACCCAGGCUAUCAUCUCCGUCUUCCUACAGAUCCCUUGGACAGGGACCGAGUCAGCACGCCGGGAUGAGCGCGCCAAACAGGCGUCCCAAACGCAACCAGACGGCUUUCGGUUGCUGCUUGAGGCCUAUAGAAGGCUCGAUGCGGGGAAUUGUACCCAUACUCCAUCAUUCCUGGGGGCAUCGGCCACAAUUCAAGGAUUGGAUAGUUGGGUCCCCGGGGGCUUUGUCUAUUAUAUAGGAUAUACCCAAGUCCCCGGCACCCAGUUAGGAAACAGCAUGAUCGGGAGGGGUUUCUUCUAUGAAUGUCCGCCUGAGAAACAGGAUGUGAUCCGGGAGGCAUUCAAGGAGGCUUUGAUCUCGAUGGGUGAAUGUGGGGUGGCCUCGCGGUCAUUCCCCAAUCCUCGCCAUUUGUACUGGCUUGAAGAGAGCCAAAAGAUCUUCGUGACUGGGAGUUUCCAGGUGUCUAAGCGACCAUGGGUGUGGGAGCCAGUCGAGUGGAUUCGGUGGGGUUUGCAAGAACCUCCGGAGGAGGUUUUUCUUCUCGACUUGUGUGAUGAUCGGGGGUAGAGACGGCCCUUUCGCUUACGAAGGACAACCAGAUGAAGUCAUCGAGUUGGAUAUUAUGGUUGAAGUGAUCUGGAAUGGAAUCUGCUAGAACCAAGAGAAAUGUCCGAAGACGGGAUUUUGUGGAAAAACGAGCCCUUGAACAGAGCGGUGCAUACCCGGCUUCACUCGUUAU